AGUACAUUAUUAUAGACCGUUUGACACAUUAAGUUUGAAACUAUAAUUUUCCGAAACAAGGAACGUAAUCGACAUCUGUCAACAAGACGUAUGCCUGACAGUUAAUGUAAACCACUUGAAAAAAUAAAUUAUAAAACCACUUUCUUUCUUCUCAACAUUGUUUACAAAUUACAUUUUUGUUCGGCCAAAUUUAUGUUCUGCUUUAUUAAUUAAGUGUGAAAUAAAAUGAUGUCUCUUAGUAUCAUCGAGUAUUACGCAGAACAUGAACGAUAUAAGUGUGGCUAUUGUAAGAAACCUGAUACCAGUUACAGUCACGGCAUAUGGGCUCACAGAAUGACUGUAAGCGACUAUCAAGACUUGAUAGACAGAGGCUGGCGGCGUUCCGGAAAAUAUUGCUACAAACCUACAUUAGAUGUUACUUGUUGUCCUUCAUAUACUAUAAGAUGCAAGGCAUUGGAAUUUAAAACCACUAAAUCCCAGAAGAAAAUCUUAAAGAGAGUAAACAAGUAUCUGUCAGGUGAAAGUGAAGAGUCAAAGAAAGAUGACAGGAGGAUGUCAACUAGUCAAAGUUAUGAACAGAUUGAGAAUAUGGGUGAACAAUUCAUAACACCUAAACAAGAUCCACAAAUGAUAAAUAUAGAUAAUGUUACAUUUACUUCUAGUAACAAUGACCAGGAUGAUUCUGCUAUAGGUGACACAUCACCAAUUCCCUACAUGUGUGAUGAUGUACCAGAAGUUUCUGAUGAUUUGACAGUGGAAAAAGAUACAUCAUUGAAAACGAUGCAGACUGAUUCUCUACCAGGAAGUUCUAAAAUUUUACCACUUACUAAAGAUAUGGGGCCAGAUCCUAAUAAAGCACCUUGCAAAAAAGCAAAGCUAAUAAGACGCGAGAGAAGAUUGCAAAAACUAAAAGACAAGGGUGUUGAUAUAACUACAUUACCUGAUGUAAAUAAGAACAAGGAAAAACAAAUUGAGGAUUUUAUCAACGAAUUACCAGAAAAUGUGAAACACAAACUUGAGAUUAAAUUAGUGCGAACAACGCCCCCUAGCGGCGAGUGGCUGGCCACCGCCAAGCAGACACAUGAUGUAUACGUCAAGUAUCAGAUGAAGAUCCACGGAGACACACCCGAGAAGUGCACUGAGACCAAAUUCAAGGAGUUUUUAGUACAUAGUCCGUUAUUGGAGGAGCAUUCAGAAGUAGGACCUCCGUCAGGGUACGGUUCCUUCCACCAGCAGUACUGGCUGGACGGGAAGAUAUUAGCUGUUGGUGUUAUUGAUAUUUUGCCCAAGUGUGUCUCAUCUGUGUACUUCUUUUAUGAUCCAGAUUAUAUGAAUUUAAACCUAGGAACAUAUGGAGCACUAAGGGAGAUUGCAUUCACAAGGAACUUGCAUGCCUUGUGUCCCGAGUUGAAGUAUUAUUAUUUAGGAUUUUACAUACAUUCGUGUUGUAAAAUGAGAUACAAAGGUAACUUCCAUCCUUCAGAUUUGCUCUGUCCCGAGACAUAUAAAUGGUUUCCCAUAGAAAAAUGUUUACCGAAAUUGGAUCGUUCUCCAUACUCACGUUUGGAUCCAGAUGUUGAUAGUGUUGAUGAAAAUUUCCCAAAACAAAUCGAUAUCAACUACAUACCCAUACAUUACAAGGGCGUAGUCUUACUAUAUAACAUUUAUAAGAGAAAAGUAUCAAAGAGUCGACUUAAUAGUGAAGAGUUAGACGAAUAUUUAAGACUCGUUGGCGCGAAAGCGGCUCGUAAUCUAGUUUUAGUUAGAUAAAUCCAAGACUUAACUAUAUACGGGCGUCGCUAAAGGAUGGGUCCCCAAGAAAAUCGAAAAAUAAAAGGAAAAUCAAUAUAAAACUCGCUACAUACGCUUAGUUUACACAGAUAAAACUAAACGUUUUAUAGUCAUUUUUUCAUUAAAAAUUGACUCACACUUUGAUAAUCAUUGCCUUAGGAAUAAAAAGUAUUUCGUGGGGGAGGGUUUUUAGCCUAGACCAUCGUUUGGGGAUGCCAUUAUAUAAAUAUUCCCACCAAACAAGGUAUUCAAUAUUAGUGACGUACUUACGUACCUAGUCACCUUAGUAAUAAAUCUUAUUACCUAGGUAAUAAAAUAUUUUUAAUGUUUCAUUAAAUUAAUUCCUACCAAUAACUGCACAUUUUUCAAUUAUUUCACACAAAUUCAUACGAAAUGCAAUAUUAUUGUAUUCUAGUAAAUACACCUACGCCACGCCCUAAAUUUGUCGCUUUCUACGUCCAUUUUUAAUUACUUUUAAUGCAAAAUGUAUUAUCUAUCUGUGCAAAUAAAAUCUAGACUACCAACGGAUGUCAGUAUUGAUGUUUUCAGACAAUAGUUUGUAAAUUACUCCUAUUAAAAGACUGUAAAGUCUUGCAAAGUUAUCGAAUUGAAAUAAGAAAUUAUAGUCUACAAAUGUCGAUAAGUUAAUAAUUAGUUAAGAUUUUUGUGAGUCCUAGUGAUGCGCUUAAUAUUAAAAUGUAUUAUUAAUUCCUUUGUUCUCUUCUUAAUAAAAUCUGUUUGACAGA